CGUUUUUUUGACCCAAUUUAUGUUUUUUGGCGUGGAAAGUGGAAUUGCCAGCCGUAUCCGUCCGUCGCCGACGUCCACCCAUCCGCCAGAAAAAUUGCGAGAUGCUUUACUUUCACUGAUUGCCACUCCAGCCGUCCACAUCUACCAAUUACAGUUCAAUAAAUUCAUUGCGAUCUUCAAAUUUCAUCGCCACAACACAAUUGUUGUCGUUGAUGUAUGAGGGUUUUGGAAGAUCUAUACGAUUAACAGCGAGAGGGGGGAGUUUGUUUCCGUUUUUGUAAUGGACGAGGUGAUCACAGCGGCUGAUGCGUCUUCCAGUCUCCGUUCUUACUCAUCAGAAUCCUCCGUUUUGCCGUCCAAUCUCCCUCUUCUUUCUGCUUUUCUGUCAUUGUUUAUCGCUCAGUUUCUUAAAGUGUUUACCCAUUGGUUCAAAGAGAGGAAAUGGGAUACAAGAAGGAUGCUUAGCUCAGGUGGCAUGCCAUCAUCACAUUCUGCAACUGUUACAGCUCUUGCUGCAUGCAUAGGUUUACAAGAGGGCACUGGUUCAUCAUCAUUUGCCAUUGCAGUGGUUCUUUCAUGUGUUGUAAUGUAUGAUGCAACUGGUGUUAGACUUCAUGCUGGUCGACAAGCUGAGUUAUUGAAUCAAAUUGUCUGUGAGUUGCCUCCAGAACAUCCACUUUCCAAUGUCAGACCUCUACGAGAUUCACUUGGUCACACUCCAUUGCAGGUUGCAGCAGGUGCAGUCCUGGGAAUAGUGAUGGCUUUUAUAAUGAAAAUUUCAGCCUAACACUUCAUUCAUCAUAUGUUUCUUUGUUUAUGCUCCAUUAUUUAAAAUCAACUUUCCAAGAUAACAAGCUUCUUUUUGACUCUACUUCUUGUAUCAUGAAACACAUUGUCAAAACUUUGUCUAGUUUCAACUUUGAAUUCAUGAUAUAUUUCCUAUUA